AUGGGUGGAUUCAGCCGGUGGGUUCGAUUCUACAUCAAUCCAAAAAUUGAAUCGAGCACAUCGUUCGAGGUAGUAUGCAGAUUUCAUCUUAGAGGUUUCACUUUAUUUAUGUCUCGCGAUAGAGGUUGCAAUGCAUUCUCCUUCAACAGAAAUAUGGCAGAAUACGUUGAUGGUUUUGGAGACGCUGAUAGUGAUUAUUGGUUAGGAUUAAAUAGAAUUAAGGAGAUUUUAGACAACCAUUCACAAAACAGAUUACUGGUUGUACUCAUUGAAAACCAAUAUUGCGAAAAUUAUUAUGAUAAUUUCUCCAUUGCUUCGGCCUUCGAUAAAUACGCACUACAUCUUGGACAAUACGAGUCAUGGACAGCUGCUAAUUGUGGAGAUUCCUUUAAGAACAGUGUAAAUAUUGAAGGAUCUAGUUUUUCGGCGCCUGGUUCCGAUCAAACCUCUUUCAACUGUGCUGGUACUCAUCAAGGUGGUUGGUGGUAUGCUAAUACAACAAGUUGUAGCGAAUGUGAUUUAACAGGCUCCAGAGACUUUAUGAUAUGGCCUACAACACUCGGCGGUGCACCACAAAGAUUUGUUGGGUUAUUUAUUACUAAAAAUGGUUAG